AUUAUACUAAUUUUGUUUACUUUUAUCCAUAAACUCGGUAAACUUUUGUUUUGGCGCCCGCAGCCAUAUUGUGUCAAACAGCUGUUGUGAGGACGACUUCUGUGCGCUCCGUUGUUUUUGUCGCUUGUAUUAGCAAAAAAUGUUUAACAACUCGUUCCGUCGUAAUAAACAAUGAUAACAUAGUGCAAAAAACGUGAUUAAUUAAUAAAAAAUAGUAAAGUGGUUCGUCGAAAUGUGUUUUCGGUAACCAGUGAAUAACAUGGCUUGUGGAUUGCAAAACUACGAGGACGGUGACAUGCCCGCGGCAGAACUUGAGUUCCAAACGAAAUGGAGCAGGUUUUCCGACUGGUUGCACUGCAUAUGUGUGGUUACGUUCGAUUUGGAGCUCGGACAGGCGAUGGAAAGUGUGUAUCCUCCUGGUGUGAAACUCACAGAUCAAGAAAAAUGCAAUAUUUGUUAUUUGGCUUUCCCUGACUCAAAUUCAGGGUGUAUGGGCGACACUCAGUUCCAUGUCCGUCUGCGUUCGCGAACGGGGCUGACGCGGCAGCAACUCUUGUACAAUGAGGAUAGUGUGCCUACACUGCGCGCUGAUUCUACGCACUACUGGGGCUUCGUGUACUUCAGACAAGUGAAGGACCCGUCGCUACCGCGCGGAUACUUCCAGAAAAGUAUAAUUUUACUUACUAGAUUACCUUUUAUAAAUCUAUUUUAUAAAGUUAUACAGUUGAUUGCUCCCAAACAUUUCGAAGAAGGGGAAAGGAGCCUAGAGGCUGCAUGCCAUGACAUUAACAGGUGGCCUUCACUCGACGCCGGUCAGAAUGUGUUAUUACCUGUGCUUGGUACAGUUUUUCAGUCAUACAUUCCUAACCAACAGACCGGAAAGAUUACUCGAUCUGAUAUAGCCAAACAAGUUCACUCUCCUAAUGUACCACACAUACUUGCAUCCAUACAGGAUGUCAAUGUAUUUGAUGUGUUGUCUAGUGUCAUCUCACACUUACACUUGUUGUGGGAAUUAGUGCUAACAGCAGAACCUAUUGUUGUAAUGGCCAGUUCACCUACAGAAUGUUCCGCUUUAGUUCAAGCCCUCACUUACUUAAUCCAGCCACUGCCAUAUGCAGCAGAAUAUAGACCAUAUUUCACAAUACAUGACAGUGAAUUCAAAGAGUUCACGAGGAAACAAUUCAAUCCACCGUGUGUAAUACUAGGCGUGACCAAUCCAUUCUUUACGAAAACAUUACAACAUUGGCCACACACUAUUAAGCUGGGUGAUGCUACAUCAAUAAAAACGAAAUUACGAAAAGUUGGUAAUCUCAAGCUAUUAGAUACUGCUCCUGGAGUAUAUACUCAAUACAAGCCAUUUUUAGAGAAAGAUAAAGCAAUUAUUAAGAAAUUACAUAAUGGUAUAAGAACUGACCGCCCAUCUGAGGUGCAGACUGCUAUGGUCAAGAGACACUUGCUUGAACUGACUCAAAGCUUCAUGAUUCCUUUAGAAAGGUAUAUGGCAUCUCUAAUGCCAUUACAGAAGAAUAUUUCGCCAUUCAGAGCACCUCCAGUACCAAAUCCGUUCAACCCUGAGGAUUUCUUUGCAACACUACAGCAGUCUGGGCCUCAACUGACAACUGGUAUAAAAGGUGAUUGGAUUGGACUGUACAGGAACUACUUCAGAACACCAAACUUUAGUGCAUGGUUCCAUGAAAGACAUAACAAUUUGACAAAUAAAUUGCAUGCUUUGCAAUUAGAGGCUUUAGCUGAAAGUGACUUGAAGAAAUGGUCCGUUGGAAAAAAGGAAGUUGAGAUUGUGGAUAUGGUCUUGAAACUCAGGGAGGUAUUGAAGAGUAACCCUCCAGUGGCUGAUAAUACUAGGACAUUGUUGGCAAGGCGAUUGGAGGACUUGAAUUGUGUGCUGCCAGAGGAUAUGAAGUCUAUAUUGAAUGCGGCCACGUGACAGAAGCACUGCUGCGCCUCGAACUUGAGAGGAUGCAGCGAUGACUGCAAGACGCAAUUCAAGAAACUAAGAUAUGGCCAGCCUAUUGUGUGCAUGUGAAAUGUUAGAGCAGUUUAUUAAUGUCAAAAAGUAAUUGCAUUGCAUUUAAGGGAUUGCGAAAACGAAAUUGCGAACAUAAACUGUUUCAUUGCAAUAAUUUGGUUACUUGUGUGUGGUAACAACCGUUUCAAUGUCUCAAAGCUACACAAGUUUGUUUGUACUAUCUCAUUAGGAAUUAUAUUAUGCGUUCUAAUCUAGAUUUCAAUUAGUUAAACGCGUUAUAAUGAUACCUCUUUAGUACUGAUAACUUUUAUAAUAACACCUUAGCUAACAGCAUAAAAUGCUAUAUUGUUUGACAAAUUGAUUCCAUGUAACCAAUACAUUGUUUUGUUAACAGGCUUCCAGCUACCUAAUGUUGAUAUUAAGUAUAUUACGUUAAUUAAGGAAUUUAUUAUAGAACUAACAAGUAUCCUGGUAGGAAUGACUGAUUUUUGAUCAAUUUCGGAGUUUUAUUCUAUGAAUUCAGAUUCAGAAUGGUGAAGAUUUUCCAAACAAACAAUUAAUUAAUUUUAAUCACCAUGUUUGUUAAUAUUCCUCGUUUUAUAACUGCAGAGCAUUUUCCUGUAGGUAAAAUUAUGUUGUUUGCUUCAAAAAUGACUCAGUAGCAAACACAAAUAAAAUAAAUUCAAGAUAUCUUCAACCAACUGCUUGUUUGCUUGUGUAAACAAUAUUGGUGGCAAAAAUGAAAUCGUGACUUAAAAAUCGAAUGUACAAUUUAUACGGCCAUAAUUCUCCACAAUAAAAUAAUGUUUAAAUUCUAAAAAUUUAAAAAUCUUGCCGAUAUGUCUGUAUAUAAUUUGAAUUAUAGCGACCCUAAGAAAUUGCGUCGAUUAUAUAAAUAGAUUGUAAAUAUUAUAGUUGUAAAAUUAAUACUAAAUCAUUAAUAUUAUCUUGUAACUUAAACGGGGAAAUGUUGAAGACCUUUAUAGAUAAAGAUAAUGUAUGUUAAAACAUUGUAAUCCAAUAUGUUAGGCAGUUGUAAGUCUGCUAGUUUAUAGCAGUAUAUUCAAGGUCACGUUGAAAAAAACGUGGUUUGCUUUUGUAUCGUACCAGCAUUUGGUACACAUGCAGAAUUGUCUAUGCCACAUGUUUUUAUUGUUCGAAAUUCGAAUCAGGUUCCCGCCAUUGCGCCAUAUGUAAUUACUUCGUUUUACUGUUUCUUUGACCAUUUAAAAUCGUCAUUUAAUACAUGCUACCUACGUAAAAUAUCGUUUUAACUCAGUACAUUAUGAGUCAGUAGUUCAUACUCAUUUAAAAAUAAAUGUUCGUCAAAUACUUUAGGGUCGUGCUUGAAGGAAUGAAAGAUCUUUGCCCAGCCGUAGGUUUGUAAGGGAUAGUUGUUAUCUGUGUAUGCUUAUGUGAAAUGUGAAUAGUAGAUAAAAGAGGACGAAAACGAUUUUAAAUAGAUAAAAAGAAAGGCAAAGUAAGUGUAGUUGUAUUUGUAUCUACGGGGACAUCAGGAAGACUCUGUUAUCGAAAAUCUAAUUAAGUAAUUGAUCUUGCGGAAAGUCUGGCUUUUAUAGGGAUCCUAAUAUUUUUGUUUCUGUUUUCAUUUUAUAAUCGCUCAAUUUAACAAUCUCAAGUCAAUUACAUCUGGAAAUAAAUGAAACUAAUUAAAGGCUUUGGAAUAUAAAGUACUCUAUAAUUAUUCAUCUUUACAUUCGCGGUGUAAAUUCAAGCUUACAGCAAACAGUCCAAUUUAACUAGACAUAAGUGGUUAGAUAAUCGUCCUCCUUCGUGCUAAGUCUAGAUAAAUAUGUGUUGGGCACAUCGACAUAUAUUUUCCUAUACUGUUUUACUGUAAAGUAUGUUUAGAAUCUCCGUAUCUCAUGUUUAUGUAUCGUAUAAUGUGUUUUACGAUUGUCAGUGGCUUUCGUCAGUCGUGUAUCAGUGUAAUCGUUCAUUAUUUGCCCCAGCAGAUAGCUCUUAUCCGAAUUAUCGUUUAACACUCCCUAUCUGUAAGAUAAACAGAUUAGAUGUUUAAUUCGGUAACCGGGAGAGUGUAAAUCUUGACUUAGAUUAUGUUAUUCAAACUUUGACGAGACCGCCAACGGAAACAGAUCAAAUAGUUCAGUGAUAAUAACAAAUUGAUUUGCAACUGUCUACAUAGUUUUCACUGCGGUUUUUGUCUGCGGUCUAUAGUAUCUUAAUCUGUUCCUAUUUAUUGUAAUAUUAGAUAGUCUAUAAUCUACCUGUGUUCUGAAGUUAUGAGAGUCUAAUGUAAACACAUUUUUAAAUCAAAUCGAUAAUAUCCGAUUCAUAAAUAGCACUUUCGAAGUACUAUCUAUCUACAUUUUUCCGUAAUCGUAACGUCCAAAUGCGUAAUAAUAUCUACGUCACAACUGUUGAUGAAUCGUUCCUAUAUUUUAUAGGUUUGAUUACUUUCAAUAUGUCUUCGUUUAGCCCUAUAAAAACAAUAUGACAUCAAUCAAUUAUCGUACAACAGUUACAUAAUAACUCUACAAACACUGACAGUCGUUAUUCACACUAUCUAUCUAUCCUUAUGUAAAUCAUCUUCGCAGAAAAUCCAUCCAUUUACAUCAUUUAUUACUUUAUUUCUACUAAAACCGGUGAAUACUUUAAUGUGCUGUUAAACGUAGAUAAAGGAAAAGUAUACUGUAUAAAUAAUGAUAAACGAUGUACAUUGUUAUCGCUUAAAGGUUUUUUCUAAGAUGUUUUUGUCAAAAGUCCGAUUGCUUUAAUAAAUUAUGAUAUUAGAAGGGCUCCUGUUACUAAACUUCAAGUAAAUUAUGGAGCUAAAUCUAACUAUUGUCGGGUAUGUUUAAUUCGAUUGGAGGUAAUCGAGAUAAAAUAUUAAUGAUACGUAAGUACUCAAACUGUCAAACACCAAGCGGUCACCGGUGACCGCAACCUAUUGUUCUAUAAUUGUGUCUACAAAACCGGUACUCGACGAGUAUUCGAACAUCAAUUAAAUUUUACUACUACAUCUCUCGAUUAUCUUCAAUUCGUUGUGAAAUUUCCAAUUGUUAAUAAUAACUAUAACUGUAAAUUAGAAGGAGUAAGUCAAAAUUUUAGGUAAACGCGUCCACAUUGGACGGCCAAUUGGCAGCUAGAUAGGUCAUUUCAAGUAAUUCCAGUCCCUAAUCGCGGACAACUGCAGUUUCCUGUGGGUAUUCCCUGGCCUAUUUUGUAAUAGGACCAUUACAAUAAUAUCCCCCACGCAACUCUUAGGUACAGUGACGUGCGCUUUCCUAUAAUUAUACCUAUUAACCACUUGAAUGUCCGUAUAUGAGACAGUAGAAAAUACAUUGUGUCUCGCGUGGAUCCACGUUUAGACACGACGAGUUAAACGUCAAUAAACCAAUAACUUGCGUUACUCUGAAAGUCAAGGUUUGAUGACAAUAUAAAUGAAUAUGUAAAACCCAGAGAGCUAACUAUGUCCGUAUUUUACGUAAUUUUCAACGCUAGUUAGCCAUGCUAAUACAAUUCAACUACAUUAAUUUUACGCGAAUAUUUGUAAAUAAUUCGGUGCCAAAUUGUAUUCUUUCUAUCGGAUUAUAAUGAUGGCAUUGUAACUUUUAUUUUUGUAAGUAGUUUUUAUAUUAGAUCGUACUGUAAGAAGGGCCUGUUUGCUCAAUCGUUUUGAAGAUGUAUGUUUAUGGAGAGUAGUGGACAUAUUAGCGAAAACGCUUGAUAUAAUUUUGUAAUAGUAAUUGGACGUGGCUGCCUAUGCAAGGUCUUAAAAAAGGUCUUCUGGAAUAAGACCAUCACAAAAUAGCAGAUUUCUAAUUGUAAGUGUCAAAAACUUAGCAUAGACGUAUAAUUAACUUAUUUAAGUAAUUUGUCGGUUGGAAUAAUUGCAUAACCACGUCAAAUUUAUUCUAUGCAACUCGUGCAAUAUGUCCGCGUUCGCCAAUAUGGACACACCCCUAGGAAUUGUUAUGUCAAGGUCGGGUCGAGCUAAGGCGACGUCAGUUACUCGUGGAGGCGAUCUUAACUAGAUUUUACUGGACUAUCUGACCCACUUGCUUUGAUAAACGAUAACGUGUAAGAACAUUUAUGCGGGUGUGGCUUGUUUUAGUUGGCAUACUCGAGUCUGGUGGCAGCAUCUAGUGUCUACAAAGCUUUUCCUAAGCAAAUUAAUAUAAGUUUAGGAAAAUAUAUUGUUAUUGCUGAAGGAAAUUUCAUAUUUCAUGGUCAAUUCAUGGUCAAUAUUAUGAUAUUGACCAUGCUGCAAUCUAUUUUAUCAUAGUGGGCCAGAUAAAAAAGUUGCAUCAUGUACAAUUUGUCACAGAUGGAUAUGCGUCAGUAACUGAAAAGUAAAGCCUUAAUUUUGUCACAAAUUGUCUGUAACACUGUUUUUAUGUUAACUAUAUGAGAUUUUCUAUUGUUCUACGACUCCCAUUGGCUCGACUUGACUAAAAGGGUGGGGGUAUUGUAUAAUAUCCGCCCAAGCAUUAUGUAUUGUAUCGUUACUUAUCGCCGACUCCACUAGCAUAUAACAUAUCCCAUCGUAUUCGCCACAUGUAAAUACAAACAUUGUACAAACUGCACUGUGUAAAAUGAAAUAAACAUGUUAUUUUUCAAAUAUAACUCAUUUAUUAACGCUUAUGCAUAUUUGUGCGGUCCUGAUACGACAAGGCGGGAAUAUGUACGCAAUACAGGGUGAGCUAUCCAUAAACUGUACACAAAUAGUGAUAAUUGUGUUCAAGGCUGGUGUGAGUAAAUAUGUAAAGAUAAAUAAUUUAUUUAUAGAUUCAAGAGACUUUGAAUACUGUACAUUCGUAUUCAUAGUUU